GGGCCCCCAGGGACUGGGAGUGGAACGGAAACCCUGCAGCUGGGGCAGCCCCAUGGUGGGAGGGAGGAAGAGGGGCCUCACGGACCCCUGGCUGGGGACCUGGCCAAGCAGAGGAUGAGCAGUUGCCUCCAGGCUCUGCCCUGGGCCCUAGGGCUCGGGAUGCUGCUGGCCCUACCAGGGGCCUUGGGCUCUGGUGGCGCUGAGGAGGACGGCGUGGGCUCCAGCUCUGUCACCGUUGUUCUGCUGCUGUUGCUGCUCCUGCUACUGGCCACUGGCCUGGCACUGGCCUGGCGCCGCCUCAGCCGUGACUCAGGGGGCUACUACCACCCAGCCCGCCUGGGUGCUGCGCUGUGGGGCCGCACGCAGCGCCUGCUCUGGGCCAGCCCCCCAGGCCGCUGGCUGCAGGCCCGAGCUGAGCUGGGGUCCCCAGACAAUGACCUUGAGUGUCAGGAGGAUGAGCAGGAUGCAGACUAUGACAACGUCACGGAUGGUGGCCUGCAGGCUGACCCCGGGGAAGGCAAGCAGCGGUGUGGAGAGGCGCCCAGCCCGGAGCAGGUCCCUGUGCAUGCUGAGGAAGCCAGAGACAGUGACGCAGAGGGGGACCUGGUCCUCAGCCCCCCAGGGCCGGCGAGCGCAGGGGGCAGUGCUGAGGCCCUGCUGAGUGACCUGCAUGCCUUUGCUGGCAGCGCAGCCUGGGACGACAGUGCUAGGGCAGCUGGGGCCCAGGGCCUCCAUGUCACCGCACUGUAGAGGCCGGUCUUGGUGUCCUGUCCCUGUCACGGCUGCUCAACCCCUGUGCCCCUGCUUCCCAAGAUGCCAUGGCUGGACUGGACCCCCAGCCCACAUGGCUAUGCCUCAGACUGCCACCCCAAUCAUUUUCCAAGUCCAGGUGUCCCCCCACUCACCACGGGAAGGCCUCUACCCCCAAUCCCAGAGGCAUCAGGCAACCAUUUGAAAUAAAACCCCUCUAGCCUGUG